UCUCCGAAUGCACGUGUCAACGUUGCCAGCAAACCGGAGGAGACGUCACAUUCCUACAUUCUCUUUCUCUCUUCUUAGUUUCUACGUUGUCGUUAGCUAACCUUAGCCCAUUUUAAACACUUCUUUUUUAUCUUUUGUCUUUUUAAACAAACACACCAUGACGCGGCGAGUUUGACACGGGAAGGAGGUGACCCCGGGUUUCAGAGACAUUCUCAAUUCGGGUCACUUUCCUCCUGCGCUUCUCCACCUCAACGCCCACCCGGGAUUGCUGCUUCGGUUCUCAUGGAGAACUCAUCAGUGGCAUCGGCGUCAUCUGAGGCUGGCAGCACGCGCUCGCAGGAGAUCGAAGAACUGGAGCGCUUCAUUGACAGCUAUGUGCUGGAGUACCAGGUGCAAGGGCUGCUCGGAGACAAGGUCGACGGAGAUUUGGACCUGGACCUGGACGACGGCAGGAAGGUGCCACAGUGGACAGACAACUGCAGUGACUACAAAGAUGGCAGCUGGACCUCCUCACAGGAGAGAAGUUCCUCAAAGCCAGAUGAGUGGGAGCAUAGCAGUAAUGGCAGUUCAGAGUCAAGACCCAGUUCCGGGUCCAGACCGGGUUCUGGGUCUCGAUCUGGCAGCAGGGGUCGAAACAACCAGUUUUCUGCAAAGAAUGGUAACAAAGAUGUCUCCUUCGAUAUCCUGGGCACAGACAUAUGGGCGGCUAACACAAUGGACUCAUGCGGGGGUACAGGUUGGGAUGUGCAGCCAGAGAAGUUAGACUUCAGCCACUUCCACAGGAAACACACAAGAGCCAUGCCAAAGCACCUGCCGCACAUUGACAGAGAGGGAAUGAGCAAAAACAUGUUUGAGGAUGAUGACCGCAUAGAUUUAAGUGACAUAGAGCGGUUCCUGCCCCACCUGUGCUCCGUCUUCCCACCCCUUCCUAACGAGGCUGAGAUCGCGCACACCAAAAAGCUUUUCCGGCGCAAGAGGAACGACCGACGGAGACAACAGCGGGCUCAAGGAGGAGGUAAGAACCAGGCAUCAUCACCACAACACCAGUGGGAUCAGCAGUCACCCAGCCCAACAGAUGCAGGAGACAACAGAAACAACGCUCGGUCACCUCGCCAGUAUCAAGGCAGACAUGGGCAACGCCAUGGUGGAUCUUUGCACGGUUACAGCCAGAACCGACGCUGGAACCCCAAUCAGCAAGGUCCAGGACAACAGAACCCAGCAGGUUCCGAUAGAGGACUACCUCUGAGAGCAACCAAAGAGACAGAGAAUGUAAAAGUGACAAGCAACAAGCAGGCGCGACAGAUGGAGGAGCCUCGGGACUGUAAGAGUCCAGCUGACUCGCCCAAGUCUGACUCAGCGCUGGGCGCGGACAUCUCAUCAGACGUGACAGCCGACAAAGAAAGCCUUGGCUCAUCAGGCCAGGGCCCAUCUAGGGAGCCCCAAAUCAGUUUGCUGCAGUCGUCUAAGGAGAGGCUGCAAAGGAGACUAAAGGACAAGGAAGAGGUGAUAACGGAGGCAUCAAGUGCACCCAACAUGGACCGGUUAGUGGGGCUUCUCAAUAGCAUGAGGAAUAACAGUAGUGGCGUGGAGAAGCAGCUGACCUCCUUCAUGGAGGAGGCACAAAGCUCGGCACGCUCCGAGCAAACCCUGGCCCAAGUGGUGGGCACCAUCUAUGACAAGACCGUGUCGGACCGGAGCUUCGCUGCCACUGCCGCCAAACUGUGCGACAAGAUGGCGCUGUUCAUGGUGGAUGGGACCAAGUUCAGGUCGCUGCUGCUCAACCUUUUGCAGAAGGACUUUGCCCGUCGUACGGAGUUGCAGCAGUCGGACGUGGAGGUGUGGUUAGGCUUCAUCACCUUCCUGUGUGAGGUAUUUGGGAUAAUGAGGAGCAGUUCUGGAGAGCCCUUUCGGGUCCUGGUGUGUCCCAUCUACACCUGCCUGCAAGAGCUGCUGCAGUCGAAAGAUGUCAAGGAAGAUGCCGUGCUUUGCUGUUGUAUGGCGCUGCAGAGUGCCGGGAGCCUCCUGGAGGAGCAGCUGCCUGAGAUGAUGACGGAGCUGCUCGCGGCGGUACGCGACAAAAUGUUGAGCCCGGCUGAGUCACCCCUGACCCGUUCGUUGCUCAUGGAGGUAUUGGAGUUGCACGCGCACCGCUGGAGCCCCCUUGAAGCACUCACCACACAGUACUACGACCGCACCAUCCACAAGCUCACCAUGGCCACAGCCUAGACCUGCCAUUUCAUCCCAGACUUUUGGUACAGACGAUUGCAUUUUGGGCCGCUAGGGGCAGUGUAGGAUGGCGGCAGCUCAUCUGUUGGGAAUAGAGAGCUUGUUAAAAGGAGGAGGAUGAGGGGCGCCUGUGUCUUCAUUGUCCUCCGCCCCUUCCUCUCAUUCCAUCCUCCAGCGCUCGUGGCUGAUAAAAGACAAUGGAGGCAGGGAGAAGACACGGGGCUGCUGUCUGUGUGCACCGUCUGCCCUCCCCUCCUCAGAGACCCCGGGUCAGGAGGUCCCACUGCGGGACUCCAGCACGCCCACACCAACCCCCAUUACCUCCCAUCCCCCACCCUUUGUUUCCCUCCCUUAGCAGGAAGCCUUUUUUGUGGGGAUGAGACAGCGGGGCUGCUGGGCCCGGCUGGGCUCGGGAUAAGGAUCAGGCUGGCUAGAGUAGGGUGGCAGAUGGCUGCUUGAGCCUUUGUGAGACACAAGCACACGCAUGCAUGGCAACCAAGCAUCCCUCUCUACCAUAGAAAAAUGGGAAAUAAGGGGAUGGGGAGGUCGUCGGCUUUAGAGGAGCGUUAAAAAAAACACACAGUGCUGUUAAACCUUUUGUUUUUGUCUCCCAAGCUGUCCACUUCCACGUUCAUAAUUUUUUUUUAAAUGUGUGUGUAUGUCUAAUAUAUACGUGUGUGUGUGUGUGGUGUGUGUGUGUGUGUGUGUGUGUGUGUGUGUGUGUGUGUGUGUGUGUGUGUGUGUGUGUGUAUUAGAACUAUUUGAUUUUACCAGUGGAUUCUUACUGAGGACUAUUCGAGCCACACUGAAAAGAGAAAAACUCUAACAUUAUGAGAAAAAUGUCAUAAUAUGAGAAUAAUUUUUGGACGUUGCACGAAUAUAUUGCAGACUGCGAUAUUACGUUAAUUAAGCUUACGAUAAAAUGUUAUCAUAGGAUCAUCGGACAAUGAAAUUGUAAUGAGAAGCACGUUUUAAAGUUAAAGCAAAUGUAUUUAUACAGCGCAUUUGAUACACAAGGUGACUCGGUGUGCUUUACAUUAUUAAAACCAUUUAAAAGCUAAAAUUAAAACCAUUGGGAAAAAAACUGUACAAUUACAACAGUCUAAAGUGCAAGAAAUGUUUAAAAAUGGAAAUACGCUAAAAAGCAUGAGGAAAAACAUGGAUUUAAAAACAUUCACACUUUGUCACAUCUGUCUGCAACUUCUUUCGAUUUGUGUGCAGCAUAAAAGCUAAAUGCUGCUUCACCAUGUUUGCUUUGGACUCUGCGCUCCACUCUUUGACCUAGGUCUGUUGAUUUGAUAAACCCUACUGGUUUUAUAUUCUAUUAGCAUUUCUUUCAAGUAUUCUGGACCUAAACCAUUUAGUGAUUAAUAGACCAGUAUCAGAACUUUGAAAUCUCUUCUAAGGGUGACUGGAAACCAGUGUAAAGAUUUUAGAAUUGGAGUGAUAUGCUCUGACCUCUUUGUUUUGGUCACAACCGGAGCUGCAACAUUCAGAAAGACCUGCAGCUGUUUAACGGUCUUUUUGGGGAGCCCAGUCAAAAGACCAUUAAAGUAGUCAAGUCUUCAUGAGAUAAAAGUAUGGAUAAACGUCUCAUAGUCUGCUUGACACAUGUAAGCCUUCACUCUGGAUUAGGGGUCACCAACGCGGUGCCCCCGGGCAAAUGAUAGCCCGCGAGGACCAUAUAAGGCGCCCCCAAGGUAUGCUAUAAGAAUACCGUAGGCCACAAAUUUACUAUUAUUUGUGCUUUAAAUUCUGAAUCUGACUUGCUUAUGUGAAUUAAAAUUUAAAAUACCUGUAAUGUCAUUUACUAUAAUAAAUUAAAACAAAAAUAUUUUAUGUACGUCUAAUGAGCUGAGUCUGAAAUUUUCUGCAAACAGGUCAUGUACCCCUUCAUACGAUUGGUGUUCAUGAAGUAGCCCUCAGCCUCAAAAACGUUGCUGAGCCCUGCGCUAGAUAUAUUCGAUAGAUGGUAAAAGGCAGUUUUAGUAAUUGAUUUGAUAUGACUGUUGAAAGUCAAGAACAUCAAGGUUUUGGUUUUGGUCUUGUUUUUUAAGAUAGUGAGUCCAGGUGUUUACUAAGAGUCAUUCUCUUUUCUUUACCACCCAAAAUAAUUCUCAGUUUUGUUGUAGUUUGAUUGAAGAAAAAUUUGGGUCACCCGAUUAUCUGUUUUAUUGAAAUGUACCCAUCUGCAUCACAGCGUGUAAUCUCAGAUGAAAGCCCAUAUACGUUUGGCACAAUUUUUACACCGGAUGCCCUUCCUGACGCAACCCUUCUCAGGGAGUGGAGGCCCCAGUGGGAUACGAACCCACAACCCCUGGUUUACUAAACCAGUGCUCUAACCACUGAGCUACGGGGCCUCACUAUGAAUAUGAAUAUUUACAUGAAUAUCUAAUUUCUAGUAGCAAGAUGGGUCGAUCAAUUCAUCAGAUGAACUAUAUACUGAUGUAAGUUUAUGAAAAAGUUAUUGUCGGAGAAUUAAGUCAUAAGACUUAGUUGUUGUAAAGACAGAUCAACUAAAAAGUCGAUAUGACAAUGUCUCAAUGAUACACAAAUGAAAGAGUGACAAAAAUUUGUAAUGUGAAAAGAAUAAUGAUGAUGUGACUAAUAUUGUAGAAAAAUUAAGUUGACUUCCAGGAGGAAAAAACUCAAGGCAAAUAUAUUUAUUUCAAAAAUUUCACUCAAUGUGCUUUACUUGUUUUAAAGCAUUUAAAAACAAAAGAGUAUAAAACAUUUUGAAAAGUACAGGAAAAUAAAAGACCAGGGUAAAGAGCUCAGAACUCUAAUGGAUUUAUCGUCUAUUAGCCUUUCUUUAAUAUAUCCAGGACCACAACAUUGUAUUUUGUCAUUGAUAGACCAGUGACAGAUUUUCUGUAGUUGACUCCGAGCCAGUUUAGAGAUAUUAAAAUUGACUUAAUGCGCACUGAUCUCUUUCUUGUGGUUCGAAUCCAAGACAGAUGCUGGCCCGACCGUGCCAGUAAAAAAAAUCAUAAAUAAAUAUAAUGGAACCAAGCAAUGAAAUCAAUACAUUCUUGCUGAUAAAUUUGAUAGGUUCAGAAUAUUGUUUAAUAUUCAAUAUUUUGAGUUUUAUCCAAUUUUUAUUGUGCAUGACCCAUGAAGUUAGGUUAAAUCCCUCUCAAAUCCCAGAAAGGACAAAUCUGAACUUUGUCACGUUCCCAGCAAGUUAUCUUACUUCUUACUAUUUGCUUUUUAUCAAGGAGUGCGGAUAAACUGAGCGGCUGUACCGAUCGCCUCAUUCAGUGACGCGCGGUGACAUCGCUCACAUUCUUUUUGGCCACAGGGUCUGUACGCAUCACUAUUUCAUCCACAGGGACAUAUAAAUAUAUAAAUAUGACGUAUUAUUGUAAUUGUAUACUGUAUUCAUUUUAUUGGAAGUUUUUGACUUUGGCUUGAUGAAUAAACGUAGCACGAAUAAUGCACCAGACGGUCCAGCAGCAUCAUCCUCCCAAAUUGGAAAAAAAAAAAGAAAAAACUGCAGAAAGUAUAACAAUUAAUAUAAAGCAAAAAAAGAUUAUUUUUAGUCAUGGCUGCAGAAGUAUCUUGGAAUAAAAAAAAAAUCUCCCCUUUAAUCGAAACCCUGUGUGGAGGACAGACAAAUGAGUGAUCCCACGAGUGGACUGGUUGUGGGAAAGUCUUCCUCCAGGACCUGGAGACUUGAUUCCCAUUGAAGGUUCUCUCAGCACAUCAGUGAAAUCAAUAAAAGCUUAACCCUUUCCCUAUUGACACCUUUAAAACAGAUUACUGGCAUUUAAGAACUUCUCCAUUGUCACUUUUCAUCCUGAUACUUUGCACAUGGAUUCUUUACGAAACCGUUAUGUGGUUCAUUCAUGAAAGCUGUAAAAGAUGAAUGAUAGGAGUAAAAAAAAAAAAAAGUUGGUUAUUCCACUUAAUUACAAUCAUUCAUUUUAU